AUGGUUGAUUCCAAACUGGUUUCUAUACCUCUAGCCAACCACUUUGUGUUGAGUAAAACCCAAUGCCCCGAAACUGAAGAUGAAUUGAUAAGAAUAGAAUCUGUCCCAUAUGCUAAUGUAGUUGGAUCUGUGAUGUAUAUUAUGAUAAGCACUAUGCCAGAUUUAUCAUUUGCCAUUUCUAUGCUGAGCCAAUUUAUGGCUAACCCUGGUAGUGAGCAUUGGCCUGCUCUAAAUUGGGUUUUAAGAUAUAUUAAUAAUUCACUUGAUGUUGGGUUAGAAUUCUAUAAAAGACAUGCUUCACUUGAUUUGGUUGGGUUUGUAGAUUCAAAUUUUGCAGGUGAUAAAGACUCAAGAAAAUCAUCUACCUCCUAUUAUUUCACUAUCAGUGGAAACUGCAUAAGCUGGAUGUCUCAGCUACAACCAGUAGUAGCCCUCUCAUCGACUGAAGCAGAGUAUAUUUCCAUUGCCGAUGUGUUCAAAGAGGCCUUGUGGUUGCAAGGGAUAUUAUCAGAGGUUGCCACCGAAGACAAUCCUGUAGAUAGGGGCACAAAGAUUGUCACUCUUGCCAAGGGUGGCAGGAGCUAUGAGAGACUUGGUUAUGAGCUUGCUGCAUUAAAGGAGUCUCAAGCCUUCAAGGUGGAAAUUGUUGAAGUAAAGGCUCGCAUUGGAGAGUUAGUGGAACGUUGUCGUUUUGGGGGCUUAGCUGAAUUGGAUCCUGACCAUUGA